AUGUCCAGCCGAACGGAACCUCAGUCGUGCUCUGAUUCGCCACGAUGUGUGGCCAAUCAGGUGCAAGCAGCGACUGAGGACCGUUUCGACAACGGCUGUUGUACUCGAUCGUGUGGGACGGACGAAAUCGUAGAAUCGCCCGUCACCAACAUCGGUAUUCUUCCGGGUUGGUUCUCUAAUACGACGGUUGCAUCCGAGGAUGGCGGGGAAAGUGGACCUGGGGCUACGAGGUCCGCCUCGUCGAUGAUGCUGUCCUCGGCCUCGUGGAAGUGGUCAACCUCCUCGGUGACCACUUGGUUGGAAGCGGCGACGCCUUCUGUAGUCGGUUCCGACAUCUUGAAACGCGGACCUCAGCCGUGUUCUGAUUCGUCCCGAUGUUGGACCAAUCAGAGACGAACAGCGACUGAGGCCCGUUUCGACACGGCAAGAGGUAGUUUAAACAGCGCGGACGGAAGACUGAACGUCGCAGUCUAUCCCGUUGGGUGCAACUUUUGUUCCCAACCCAAUUUAUUCGCCUUAAAUCCCAAAUUCCAUCACACUCCCCCCAAGCCUUCGGAAAUUUCUUCCGUGGAAAAAUUCCACGCCGAAAGCAAUACUAAAGAGGUCCCUGCUUUUGGCAGGUCUCUAAAACUAGACCGCACUCCUGUUAAAGGUGCCAAGCCCCAUACCCUUGCCAAACCAGACCGCCCCAAGGACCCCAAGAAGGGCAAAAAAGAUAAAGAUAAGAAGAAAAAGUCUGGCAACUCAACAGGGGGCGAUUCAAAGCUCCAAAACAAGACCAAAACUUCCAUCUCGCCCAACAUAGAGGAAGCCAUUGCCAAACUGCACUCCAAAAAUCUUUUUCAAGAGCCCAAAAUCCAAAGCCAUGAGGAAAUUCGCCUCCAACGGAAAAAUGCCAGACUCAUGGGCAUGGUAGAGAGCCUGACUGCCCAACUUUCUACUCAGUCUGCCCAAAUCACUUCUUUACAAAAGCAAAUAGAUAUUCUCAACUCAAAUAUAAUAUAUCUCACUCACACGGCCCAAGACAGGUCUGCUUCUAACCCUGACCUCUAUCCAAACUCGGAAAACUCAAAUAAACGCAGGAGAGUAUUCUCCCCUGCUAAAACAGCGAGCCCGACCGCUGAACUCAUGGACCACACUGCUACUCUUACAUCAUCUGCUCAAGCCUUUAAUUUUCGUCCUCUGCCUCCACCCCAGGCUCCCGCUCUACCACCUGCGGUUACCAACCCUACAGUUCAGGUAUCAAACUAUAUCCCCCCCACGUCCAAACACCCCCCAGCUUUUGUCAAACCUACCCAGCCAAAAAACACUCCUGGCCCAACCAACUACUCCGCCCCAGCCAAAACAACGGUAACCCCAGAACCAUCAACAUCUGCAGGUCCCCAAGUGCAACCCCAACCCAAGCAGGACAAAAUCCCCCCAAUUAUCCUCAGACAAAAAUCCCGGUGGACCAUGGUAUCUGGGGCCAUAACCAAACUCGGUUUCUCUUUUUCAAAAGCCGUCAAUACUCAAGACGGAGUCACCAGCGACGACUACCGCGGCAUAACGAAAUUCCUCUCCGAAAAUGGGGAGGAAUACCACACUUUCAUGUUGCAAGAGGAAAAAACUCUACAAGUUGUCAUCAGAGGACUCCCGCUAGAAAUCGCCAUUUCAGAUAUCGAAAAUGAUCUUAUUGACCAUAAAUACCGCCCCACCCUUGUCACCAGGAUGCGUCGUGGCCAACUUAAGACUGAAAUGCCCCUUGCGACCAAUAUUUCCGAAGGCAUAAAAUUCUACCCCUGCACGGUAAUUGAUUAUAGACAAAUCACAAAAUUCCUGGAUGACAACAAAGAACAGUUUCACACAUACAGAUUGGAGGAAGAAAGAAAUCUCCAAGUAGUUUUCCGCGGCCUGCCUCUCGAAAAAGACAUUAAAGAAGUGAAAAUGACCUAA